AAUUGUGGAUACAUACAUUUAAAUUUUGUAAUCGAUUAGUUAGCCUACAUGUUUUUUAUUCAGGGACGGUGUUAUAAAGUAAAUGUACUAAAAUAAUGAACUAUCUUUUAGAUACUGAUGCACAAACUAUUUUAGAAUAAGCCCAGUAAAAGGUCUCAUGGGGGCACCAUGCCCCACUCGUAUAAAAACAUAUUGGAAUGCAAAUCAGUUCUCACUUCACGUCACUGUGUGUUACUGCCUCUGGACUUUAAGGAAAGGGGACGGACUUCAUAGGAAAGGUGUGUCCUGUCGGAUCUAAAAGGAAAUAAUAAACUGUAAUGUCCAUCAAGCAACCAAAGGAUCGUUGUCAAAGUAGUUCCUAUGCUGUCUCAGAAAUUAUAUUGAGUUUUUGUUGUUCUCGGUGGAAAGAAAAUAACAAUUCUUAAAAAUUACGGGCCAUUUUUGUUAGCAUUUAAUUAUAUUGGUUUACUUUCCAGUAUUCAGCAACAAUGCAUUUUAUAUUGCGUAUUAUAUUCACCAGCCUUGUGAUAGCUGAUAGGGCUAUUAAGGUAGCAAUGACCGAUGAAAUACUUCAGUGCUUCAACGAUUACGUCAACAGUAUGGUUUGUCAAUUAACAACUGAUCAGUCUGACUGUACUAGAUACUACAUGUCUUUAAAGUUUGUUGGGUAUAACGAUGUAUAUAAUUGUACAUUCCGGGGAAAAAACAGUUCCAGUGGUGUUUCUGAAUGUGGAUGCUCAUUUGAUCAUUUGAUUUUUGUUGCUAAUGAGAAAUAUACAGCAAACCUUUCUCAUUCUGGGAAUCAUGUGACUUCUAAAAUCAUCAGUGUUACUGACAGCAUGAAACCCAAAACCCCAACCAUCCAAGAGGCGAACCUUACAGAAACUAGGACUGUCUGGGUCAAAUGGAAGACCAACUAUGAGAACGGUGUUCCCGGUAAAACUUUUUCUGCCCAAUUGAGCUACAGAAAGAUAAGAGACACUUUUGAGGUUUCCCAAAAUGUCUCAUCAACGGAAAUUGAGCUAGAUGGCAGAAAAUUUGAGGCAAACACCGUUUAUGCUCUGAAGAUCAGAACUUAUUCUGACCUUAGUGGCCUUUUCAGUGACUGGAGCGAAGAGUUUAAAUUCACUACACCUGCAUCACCUCCAGAAGUGUUAACAAUUGCCAUUGUUUGCCUUUGCCUUGCUGUUGUGAUCCUCACAAGUGCUCUGUUUUGGUACGGUGUUAGACUCAAAGCCAAGUGGUGGGAUAACAUCCCUAAAUGUUCAAACCCAGACCUUCUGUAUAUGGUUCCAGGAGUACCUAAGGUUUUGGAUCCUCCCAAAGUCCUUAUAUCCUCAUUCUAUGUUGAUUGUUUAGACGUCGAGGUGACAGAAGGAAAAGCGUGGACAAGCCCUUUGACAGUGGACAUCAGCAGUGAGAGAGACCAAGAGCCUGACCAAUCAUCUUCCCAGGAUCAUUCAAAAACAUAUUCGUGUUGCCCGGUGUCUGCUAAUGUACAAGUUGUCAGCCAUUUGUGCUCAUCAGACUAUGAUCCUCUUCAUCUCACGAAUGAGUCUGAAGGCUCAUGUUUGUCGUCUUCCUAUAACAAUAUGACCUACCUCAUCUUUGAGACGACCCACUGUCCUGACCUGUCAAAGCCAAGUGAGUCUUCUCCAUUGUCUACGCAGCCUUUGCACUUGGAUUCCUCCCAGCGUCCUGUCGAGGCUGACACGUUCAAACAUUUACACCCAGAGUUGUUUCUUGGUAGUGGUCAACCAGACCUCAACUUGUCUACAAAUGGUGCACCUGUUUUGGAAACCGACUUUUCAUAUCAGUCAUGCGAUGGUGCCAUCGGUGGUUCGUUGUCUACGAUGUCCGCAGAAGACGCCGGCCCGACCGGAUUCGGCUUCGACGACAGCAACACAUCCGCAGAUCAAAACGUUACCGGGGUCAGCAAGGAUAAUGAGAGAGGGACUGAUGCCACCAUGGACAUGCCACUGCUACCAACGGGCUUACUGGAUGUGGACAGUGGAGAGACGCUGAUUUAUGACAUGAAUCCAUGCUACAGCCAUGGAUGCACUGUCCCUCAAUGUGAUGACAGUUAUCAGGUUUUACAGAGCCUGACACCAAAUGGCUUAGAUCCCUUGGUUUUAGGACAGGGUGCUGAAGAUGGCAAGCUUUUGAACAGGAGUCUGACAGAGAUCCCUCAAAGUUCCACCGAGGACAAACCUUCAAAUGUCACACCGGACUCCCAGGAAGAACCAUGUCUGACGGAAAUCACUUACUGACUUCUUUUGGUACAGAUUGAGCAAUGCGCAUUUCGAAUGACCGCUCUCAUCUUGUUGUGUGAGAGUCUAGAGCCAGUCCCAUUAUCUUUUGUAUGUCUGCACUCUGAUCAGGUGGAAACUGGGUGUUAACAUGUUCUUAUUUGGCAAUCUAGUGGCUAGCUUGUAUAAUGUCUGUCAAGUUUGGCUGCAUAACUUGUUGCCAAAUGUCUCUGUCUGUGUUAUAUUCUGGUUGAUCAUGCCCAGAAUAAAAAGUUGUUAAUGUUAGUACUAUCUUUUUAUUUAUGCCGUAUGCUCUUUAUUAAGUAAUGCUUCACUUUACAAUAUCAAGUAAAUGUCCUUUUCUACAUUAUUUCUAUUUCCGAUACAUUUAUUUUUCAUUUUCAGAUACAAUUUGUUAAUUCAAAUUGCUUGCACAUGUCUGUUGUAUAGCUUAAGCUAUGAAUUAUUAAUCCCUUUCAAUAAUAUACAUUUAGCAUGUGAUUGUAAUUAUAUUUAUGUGACUUGAACGUGUUUUUGAGUAUCAUACAAUGUGAAUAUCUGCCAUGGACAUGCUGUAGUCUUAAAUCCAGAAGUGUUACACAUUUUGGCUGUACAUUUGUAAAAACAAAUUAAAAAUGUGUGUUUGGAAACUGCAAACAGUUAAUGUUGAGGAGACAUGGUGUGUAAUCUCAAUACAUCAUAGAAAAAUGACUUGUUUUAGACAAUAUAAACAAUUCUUGUUUUAAACAUUUUAUUGCAAGCCACAUAUUAAACAAAUAUUGACAAACCAA